UCAAGCAAAAUUGCCUAACUUGAGAAGCUUCCAGUGAGGAGAGGCACCCACUAAGACAAUUACCACAUAUAAUCUCUCUCUCUCUCUACCCCCUCUCCAAGGUCAACAACCACAAGAAGAGGAAGAAGAAUAACUGGGCACUCUUUGAAUCGUCCAUGGGGUGUUCAGUACUUUCGAGUUUGAGUCUUCUUGGUCAAAGAAGAAAGCACCGACCAUCAUUGUGAUUAGUGCUCUCUUCUUGUUUCUUCUUGGUCUCUGAAAAUUUUGGAGGAAUAUUUCUAACCCUAGUAGAUUAGAAAUCCAAAAAAAGAGAGAAAAAAAAAAAAGUAACACAAAUUAGUCUUUGGAUAACCCCCCAAUACCCACUUUGAUAAUUGUUUUUUAGUCAUAUAUCAUCUUCAUCAUAGAUCCAUAUAUAGGAGGUGAAAUUGAUGGCGAACAGACAAGGGUAUUAUGAAGAAGAGCAGAUGAGUAGUAGAGGUAAGCUUCCAUUUUCUCACUCCUCUUCUUCCUCUUCAUCACAUCACAAAACUCUCCAUCCUCUCACCUACCAAAACCAAAACCAAAACCAACACCAACAGACCUGGUUUAACAACAAGUAUGAGCAUCAUCAUCCCCAAGAAGAGACAAGUCUCAGAUGCUACAACACCACCACCACAUCUCCAAAUCUCGAACUCAUUGAAGAAUCAAUCCGUAACAAGGAUGUUACCAGUAAUGAUGCAGACAGUGUUAACGAUGACAGUGUCCGCGGCGGCGUGGCUGCGGCGGAGAGAGAACACAUGUUCGACAAGGUCGUGACCCCCAGCGAUGUGGGCAAGCUCAACCGUCUGGUCAUCCCUAAACAGCACGCUGAAAAGUAUUUCCCACUCGAUUCAUCAACCAACGAGAAGGGACUCCUCUUGAAUUUCGAGGAUCGGAACGGCAAGCCGUGGCGGUUCCGGUACUCGUACUGGAACAGCAGCCAGAGCUACGUGAUGACCAAGGGGUGGAGCCGGUUUGUGAAGGAGAAGAAGCUGGACGCGGGAGACAUCGUCUCGUUCCAUCGUGGGAUCGGCGACUCCGGCAAAGACCGCCUCUACAUCGACUGGAGGCGCCGCCCCGAUGCGCCGGAGAUGCCCCGUUCAUUCCCCAAUAUGUCAUUUCCGCACCAGUUCUUCUCCUACAAUUCCAUUCACAAUCCUCUAUCGUUGCAAUCACGAGCAGUUCCAUCAACACCACCAUGGGAAUACCCACGUUUUCAACACCCAUAUAACAAUCAUCAAAUGUGUAGAUAUGGUUAUGGUGGUGAUAACAGUUAUGGUUACAAUAGCAUGGUGAAUCCCAAUACGGGUUCGGUCAUUUAUCUCAGGUCGGCAGCGGCGGCCCCACAACAGGCUGGAAUGCUGCAAGGGGGUGGUGGCGGUGAGCCUGUGGUGUUCGAUUCGGUGCCGGUGGUCCAUGGAAAAGCUGCAGCUAAGAGACUGAGGUUGUUUGGUGUGAACAUGGAGUGUCCCAUAUCGGAUUCGGACGAGUGUGACAUAUUGUCCUCCGCCACCACCACCACCAUACCUCAAUAUCCUACCAUGGCAACACAGCAUCCUCACCAAUUGAGGCUCUACAAUGGCACUCCUGUGCCGACCACAACCACGAUGCCGUCAACUGAAUUGCUCAACAAAGGCAAGUCCUCCAUGUCUUUGGAUUUGGACAUCUGAUAAGAAACAUUAAAUUUAUGGGUAUUAUUGAGAUGAAGAUAGAGAAAGAGAAGGAACAAAAUGGGGGCACAAAGCUCAUAAAGAGCAUCAGGGAGGAUAUGGAAGAAGACCCGGCCACAUUGAGAUGUUGAAAUUUAAUUUGGAGAGUACAUAAGUUGGUUCAAGAUGGUUAAGAUUUAGAGGGGGCUUUUCCAAUCUUUAACUUGAUUUGUGUAUAGUAAUAAUAGUUAUAUAUAUAUAUAUAAUAUAUAUAAUCUUGAUGAUGAUGAUGAUGAUGAUGAUGACAUAUAGAUCGAUGAUCAAUCAUGUAUCCAUGGUAUGGUUUAAUUCCUUUCAACAUUUAGUCUAUAUAGUGGAUAUAUAGAUGAUGAGCAA